UGUGAAACAAACAGUUUCUUGGACAAUGUUAACUAGUAUAUAUCUAUGUAUUAACAUACUUGUCCACAGACAUUUAACAAACAAUGUGUGAAACAAACAGUUUCUUGGACAAUGUUAACUAGUAUAUAUCUAUGUAUUAACAUACUUGUCCACAGACAUUUAACAAACAAUGUGUGAAACAAACAGUUUCUUGGACAAUGUUAACUAGUAUAUAUCUAUGUAUUAACAUACUUGUCCACAGACAUUUAACAAACAAUGUGUGAAACAAACAGUUUCUUGGACAAUGUUAACUAGUAUAUAUCUAUGUAUUAACAUACUUGUCCACAGACAUUUAACAAACAAUGUGUGAAACAAACAGUUUCUUGGACAAUGUUAACUAGUAUAUAUCUAUGUAUUAACAUACUUGUCCACAGACAUUUAACAAUGUGUGAAACAAACAGUUUCUUGGACAAUGUUAACUAGUAUAUAUCUAUGUAUUAACAUACUUGUCCACAGACAUUUAACAAUGUGUGAAACAAACAGUUUCUUGGACAAUGUUACUUUGGCAAUGAAGGAGAACGCGAUGGGUGUAUUAAAUUCUUCGUGUGGAAAUUUAACACAAGAUGACGUCACUGUGGGAAAUUCUUCGUGUGGUAAUUUAACACAAGAUGACGUCACUGUGGGAAAUUCUUCACGUGGUAGUGGUAACAGGAGAAGUUACGGUAGUUAUCAAACAUUUUCAUGUGGUUACUGCGACACAGCAUGCAUAUACAGCGCCAUUGAGACAUUGUUUAUCAUUGGAAUAGUGGCCAACAUGUUUGUAAUAACACGAGUCAUUCGUGACCGGAACUUGCAUGACCCGACAUUUGUUGCUAUAGCUGCUUUAGCUAUUGCUGAUUUAUUGUUUCUUACUCUAAAUCUGACAACAUCAUUUGAAAGAGUUAUCUUAUCUGUCACGUGCUCAUCUCCAGUUAUAAUAAGUUCACCAUAUUAUAUUCUGAAAUCCAUUUUCUGGUUCUCAGCAAAUACACACGUGGCUUUGUUAGCUGUUUUGAGGUAUAUCACGUUGGCUUAUCCGUUAAGAGCUAAUGCCUAUCUAACAAUUAAAAAGGUGAUAAUAUCGUCUAUAGUUGUGUGGAUAAUUGGAAUAAUAAUAACAGGAAGUCUAACAGCACUUAUAAAUGCAGGAAUUAUUCUGGCCGGACGAUCCCAGGAAUUUUUGCUGUAUUUAUGGUUAUCGGUGUACUUUCUACCGUUAGUUAUAACGUGCGUCCUUCAUAUAUUAAAAAUAUGUAUGGUCAAAGGGUCUAUUUCUUUCACGACAACAGACGCCACCCGGAAGUCGAUACAGCGCAUGUCAAAAAUAGUUGUUGUUGUUAUUGUAAUGGCGGCUGUUCUUCCAUUACCAAGACUUAUACAUAAAUGCCUAAAACUUGCUGGACGAGAUGUAUAUCCACCUAGUGAUUUUCGAACUCAUUUCGGUGAAAUCGCGGAUUGCUUAUUUCUUAUUAACAAUUUCAUCAAUCCGUUUAUUUAUGGAUUUAUGUCUGAAAAGUUUCGAGGAAGCUUAAAGUCGAUGUUCUCUUGUUUACCUGGGAUUAAUGAGGACAGUAUUGUCACAUCCGAUACACCAUUGUCAUCAAGAAAGAUGAAUUACAAUCUAGGGGAAAUGCCGAGAAAAUACAGUUACGCUGAUAGUUUGGACAGCGUUAAUGGUGUGUAACUAAACUGAUAUCUUAUUGUUGAUAUUCUAUAAUGAUAUCAACAUAGAUAUCUAUACAAUGUGUUAUUAUAAUUAUAAUUAUAAUGACAUCAUACAAACAAAAAUAUCGUUAUAAACAGUAUCAUAUAUAAAGUGAUAUUAAGUGCUACAAUGUAAAUAGACUCAAGUAUAAUUGAUAUCAAAUGCUGAAAUAAUGUGCUACAAUUUAAAUAGACUGAAGUACAAUUGAUAUCAAAUGUUGAAAUAAUGCGCUACAAUGUAAAUAGACUCAAAUACAAUUGUUAUCAUUGUUUAAAUAAUAUGCUUCUAUGUAAAUAGACUCAAGUAUAAUUGAUAUCAAAUGCUGAAAUAAUGUGCUACAACGUAAAUAGACUCAAGUACGAGUAUAAUUGAUAUCAAAUACUGAAAUAAUGUGCUACAAUAAUAUUUUAUAUUGCUUGUAAAUUUAGUGUCUGUUUUAAGUCAUCAUGCAAUAUUGGUGUUGUAAUUAUAACACAUAGUGCCAAACUACUAAUAAUAAACCUUUGUAUAUAAGAUUAUAUUCAUUGUGUGGAUCUAAUAUAUAAAAAAUAAAUAUUGUUCUGUUUAUAUAUUUCUGUGAAAUGU